UGUGUUCCUCUCGCCCUGUCAAUAAUCUCCGCUCCCAGACUACUCCGUUCCUCCGGAUUUCGAUCCCCCUUUUUCUAUCUGUCAAUCAGCGCCGCCUUUGAACUGAAAAGCUCUCAGUCUAACUUCAACUCACUCAAAUCCGAGAGGCACGAGCUCCUCCUGUAUCUUCGGCUUCCCCCCCCUUUGCUCUUUAUAUCUGACUUCUUGUUGUUGGUGGUGUGUUUUUUUACCCCCUUUUUUAUUUAUUAUUUUUUUGCACAUUGAUCGGAUCCUUGGGAACGAGAGAAAAAAGAAACCCAAACUCACGCGUGCAGAAGAUCUCCCCCCCUUUCCCCUCCCCUUCUCCCUCUUUCCCCUCCCCAGGAGAAAAAGACCCCAAAGCAGAAAAAAAAAGUUCACCUUGGACUCGUCUUUUUCUUGCAACAUUUUUUUUGGGGGGGGGGCAAAACUUUUUGGGUUUUUUUUUUUUUUUUUGGCUUUUCUUCCUCCUUCAUUUUUCUUCCAAAAUUGCUGCUGGUGGGUGAAAAAAAUGCCGCAGCUGAACGGCGGUGGAGGAGAUGACCUAGGCGCCAACGACGAACUGAUUUCCUUCAAAGACGAGGGCGAGCAGGAGGAGAAGAGCUCCGAAAACUCCUCGGCAGAGAGGGAUUUAGCUGAUGUCAAAUCGUCUCUAGUCAAUGAAUCAGAAACGAAUCAAAACAGCUCCUCUGAUUCCGAGGCGGAAAGACGGCCUCCGCCUCGCUCCGAAAGUUUCCGAGAUAAAUCCCGGGAAAGUUUGGAAGAAGCGGCCAAGAGGCAAGAUGGAGGGCUCUUUAAGGGGCCACCGUAUCCCGGCUACCCCUUCAUCAUGAUCCCCGACCUGACGAGCCCCUACCUCCCCAACGGAUCGCUAUCGCCCACCGCCCGAACCCUCCAUUUUCAGUCCGGGAGCACACAUUACUCUGCGUACAAAACGAUUGAACACCAGAUUGCAAUUCAGUAUCUCCAGAUGAAAUGGCCACUGCUUGAUGUCCAGGCGGGGACCCUCCAGAGCAGACAAGCCCUCAAGGAUGCCCGCUCUCCGUCGCCGGCACACAUUGUCCAGUGCCCCCUCCCUUGCUGCACUCAGGGACAUGACUGUCAGCACUUCUACCCCCCCUCAGACUUCACUGUCAGCACUCAAGUCUUCAGGGACAUGAAAAGGAGCCACUCCUUACACAAGGUUGGGGAGCCCUGGUGUUUGGAGUCGAACAAAGUGCCAGUCGUCCAGCACCCUCACCAUGUUCACCCUCUCACGCCGCUCAUCACGUACAGCAAUGAGCACUUCACCCCGGGAAACCCGCCUCCACACUUACCAGCUGACGUAGACCCCAAAACAGGAAUCCCACGGCCUCCGCACCCUCCAGAUAUAUCUCCGUAUUACCCACUGUCGCCCGGCACCGUAGGACAAAUCCCCCAUCCGCUAGGAUGGUUAGUACCACAGCAAGGCCAACCAGUGUACCCAAUCACGACAGGAGGAUUCCGCCACCCCUACCCCACAGCUCUGACCGUCAACGCUUCCAUGUCCAGCUUCCUGUCUUCCAGGUUCCCUCCCCAUAUGGUCCCACCACAUCACACUCUACAUACGACUGGCAUCCCCCACCCGGCCAUAGUCACGCCAACAGUCAAACAGGAAUCCUCCCAGAGUGAUGUCGGCUCACUCCAUAGCUCAAAGCAUCAGGACUCCAAAAAGGAAGAAGAAAAGAAGAAGCCCCACAUAAAGAAACCUCUUAACGCAUUCAUGUUGUAUAUGAAGGAGAUGAGGGCGAAGGUUGUGGCUGAGUGCACAUUGAAAGAAAGUGCGGCCAUCAAUCAGAUCCUGGGGCGAAGGUGGCACGCACUGUCCAGAGAAGAGCAAGCGAAGUACUACGAGCUGGCCCGGAAGGAGCGACAGCUUCACAUGCAGCUGUACCCCGGCUGGUCUGCGCGGGAUAACUAUGGGAAGAAGAAGAAGAGGAAAAGGGACAAGCAGCCCGGAGAGACCAAUGAACACAGCGAAUGUUUCCUAAAUCCUUGCCUUUCACUUCCUCCGAUUACAGACCUGAGCGCUCCUAAGAAAUGCCGAGCGCGCUUUGGCCUUGAUCAACAGAAUAACUGGUGCGGCCCUUGCAGGAGAAAAAAAAAGUGCGUUCGCUACAUACAAGGUGAAGGCAGCUGCCUCAGUCCACCCUCUUCAGAUGGAAGCUUACUAGACUCGCCUCCUCCCUCCCCCAACCUGCUAGGCUCCCCCCCCCAAGACGCCAAGUCACAGACUGAGCAGACCCAGCCUCUGUCGCUGACCCUGAAGCCCGACCCCCUGGCCCACCUGUCCAUGAUGCCUCCGCCGCCCGCCCUCCUGCUUGCCGAGGCCGCCCCCGGCAAGGCCCCCGCCCUGUGUCCCAACGGGGCCCUGGACCUGCCUCCCGCCGCGGUGCAGCCGCCCGUCCUGUCCUCGUCCUCCCUUGCACAGCCGUCAACCUCUUCCUUACAUUCCCGCGGCUCUCUGGCCGGGACCCAGCCCCAGCCGCUGUCCCUCGUGACCAAGUCUUUAGACUAGCUUUAGCUUCGUUAGCAGCCCCCCAGCCCCCCGCCCGCUGGUUUGCGUAGCGUUGCGUUUUUUUCGCUUUUCUUUGUACCCACCCCCACCCCACCCCCACCCCCACGGAAAGGUUUUGUUUUGUACUCUUUUAAUUUUGUGCCACGUGGCUACAUUAGUUGAUGUUUAUGGAGUUCAUUGGUCAAUAUUUGACCCAUUCUUAUUUCAAUUUCUCCUUUUAAAUAUGUAGAUGAGAGAAGAACCUCAUGAUUCUACCAAAAUUUUUAUCAACAGCUGUUUAAAGUCUUUGUAGCGUUUAAAAAAUAUAUAUAUAUACAUAACUGUUAUGUAGUUCGGAUAGCUUAGUUUUAAAAGACUGAUUAAAAAACAAAAAGGAAAAAAAAAAGAAGCAAUUUUGAAGUAGCCUUCCAGAAGGAGUUGGUUCUGUAUUAUUUGUAUUAAAUACGAGCUUGCGAACCAAUCAUUUUACAUCUGGUUUUUAAACCAUAAGGGCACAACGAAUGCCGUGCCAUAGUCCUUUUUUUUUUUCUCUGUGUGAGACAACUUUAAUUGUGAUGUUACUUGUUAUUGUUUAAAUGUACAGAAACAAAGGGUUAAAUGUGUUAAUAUACCUUGUUCCAUGGUGUUGUUCUUUUGGGGGGGGGGUUCUACUCAACAAUUAAUGGAAUCACAACGCUGUUGGACCAGUAGUAUUUAUUGCUUUAGAGAUUGCUCGUCGAACCUGUACGUUGUCCCUUUUAAGAUAUGUUUUCCUUUUUCUUGAAACUGUAUAAAGUUUUUUUCCCUUAGCAUAAGCAUCUUAUAUAUAACAACUCAUUUGUACAAGGUUUUUAAGUUUAUAUAUAAAAUGUGUAUAUAUAUUUUUCUGUUUCUCUUUUUGACUUUUUUUUUUUUUUUGGCUGUAUGAAACCCAGAUGCUGCCAAACGGACAUUACUAGUUGCAUUAAAGGAUCAGUAGCAUUAACAAAAGUUGCUUUAAAAGCCAUUAUGUAAACCAAGACUUGAAAAUUAGCGAGGGAAUUUUAGCGACGCCGUGUAAGCAGCAGCGGGAACCACCCUGUUUCCCCUCCGAACUCAGAGUCGGCAGCUCUGUACCCUUAGGACACGGCCUGUGUGCAAAACUUUAUGUGCCAAAAUUCUCAGUGACUUUAGCUUUCUCCCUCUUUUUGAUGCUGUAAUUUUUGUUCAUCAUGUUUUGCUGUGAUGUUACAUAGGUAGAUUUGUAUGUAGUUUUAUUGUCACCUAUAACAAGAUGUGUUUGGUAGCAGAUUGUCCAGAAAGCAUUUUAAAUGAAGAGGUAUAAACCCUUAGGGGCCAAAAAUUCUGUAUAUUAGAUUGCUCUUAAAGGAAAAACCAGCUGCCGCUUUUAUGUACACGUAUGACAUACAAGGAGGUGGCACACUUUACAAAUAAAAAAAAAAAAACCUAGGCAUGUUGAUGUUGCAAAAUGCUGUAUAAAGCUGAAACCUGUUCAUUCAGUGCCAUUGUAGUUGACAUGAAGCGAUUGUAAAACUGUCUCCAAUUUUUCUCUGGUUUAUUAAAAUGCUAACUAUAACAUUUUUUGUGAAUACUUUGAAUGUUUCCUAACAGUUGUGAUGUUACUGUUCCGUUUUAUGCUCUUAUUCCAAUUUCAUUUUUAAUGGUUUGGAAGCCAUUUUUGUAAUGAAUAAAUGUUCAUGCUGUACAAUAUCUGUAGCAUGCCGUUCUGGAUUAAUAAAAGCAACUUAGUACGUGCA